AUGGCGGAGUCUGUGGAGCGGCUGCAGCAGCGGGUCCAGGAGCUGGAGCGGGAACUUGCCCAGGAGAGAAGUCGGCGGCUGUCGGGGAGCGGCGACGUAGGGGGCGGCCGGGCCCGCAUAGAGAAGAUGAGCCCAGAGGUGGUGGACUCGAAUCCCUACAGCCGCUUGAUGGCAUUGAAACGAAUGGGAAUUGUAAGCAACUAUGAGAAAAUCCGUACCUUUGCUGUAGCCAUAGUAGGUGUUGGUGGAGUAGGUAGUGUGACUGCUGAAAUGCUGACAAGAUGUGGCAUUGGUAAGUUGCUACUCUUUGAUUAUGACAAGGUGGAACUAGCCAAUAUGAAUAGACUUUUCUUCCAACCUCAUCAAGCAGGAUUAAGUAAAGUUCAAGCAGCAGAACAUACUUUGAGGAACAUUAAUCCUGAUGUUCUUUUUGAAGUACACAACUACAAUAUAACUACAGUGGAAAACUUUCAACAUUUCAUGGAUAGAAUAAGUAAUGGUGGGUUAGAAGAAGGAAAACCUGUUGAUCUAGUUCUUAGCUGUGUGGACAAUUUUGAAGCUCGAAUGACAAUAAAUACAGCUUGUAAUGAACUUGGACAAACAUGGAUGGAAUCUGGGGUCAGUGAAAAUGCAGUUUCAGGGCAUAUACAGCUCAUAAUUCCUGGAGAAUCUGCUUGUUUUGCGUGUGCUCCACCACUUGUAGUUGCUGCAAAUAUUGAUGAAAAGACUCUGAAACGAGAAGGUGUUUGUGCAGCCAGUCUUCCUACCACUAUGGGUGUUGUUGCCGGGAUCUUAGUACAAAACGUGUUAAAGUUUCUGUUAAAUUUUGGUACUGUUAGUUUUUAUCUUGGAUACAAUGCAAUGCAGGAUUUUUUUCCUACUAUGUCCAUGAAGCCAAAUCCUCAGUGUGAUGACAGAAAUUGCAGGAAGCAGCAGGAAGAAUAUAAGAAAAAGGUGGCAUCACUGCCCAAACAAGAGGUUAUACAGGAAGAGGAAGAGAUAAUCCAUGAAGAUAAUGAAUGGGGUAUUGAGCUGGUAUCUGAGGUUUCAGAAGAGGAACUGAAAAAUUCUUCAGGUCCAGUUCCAGACUUACCUGAAGGAAUUACAGUGGCAUAUACAAUUCCAAAAAAGCAAGAAGAUUCUGUCACUGAGGUAACAGUGGAAGAUUCUGGUGAAAGCUUGGAAGAUCUCAUGGCCAAGAUGAAGAAUAUGUAGAUAAUGGACUGGCAUAUAUUUUAUUUUUCACGUUAAAGCCUCUUCCCUUGAAAUUAAAAACAAAUUUUUUAACUGAUAAAACUUAGGCAACAUUAAUUAAUAUAUACUCUUUUUUUUUUUUUUUUAAUUUUUUAUUGGAUUAUAGGUUUUGGGGUACAUGAGCAGAGCAUGCAAGACAGUUGCGUAGGUACACACAUGGAAUAUAUACUCUUAACUGAAUUGUUAGUUUUUGAAAAUCCUGUGACUUGCUUGUUUCUCUCCACUCCAACAAAAUCAUUAACUCUCCUAAAAUGUAUGUUCCAUUCUAGUAAGAAAACCUCAGAGGACAUUGUAGGAUAUAAAUCUUAUUUGAAAACAUAGCUAUUGAAAUGUGUUGGCCUUUUGGAGUGGGGGAAGGCAAAUCUGAACCUGUAAUCUUUUUCUUUCAAAUCUCUUUUUUUUUUUUAAUCCCUUUUGUCUAUUGCAUGAGGAUAUGGACAAUAAAGCAGCACAUGGUCCCUAGAUAAAGGCAGAAGGACAAGGCAUACAGCUUACUGAUUAGAGCUAGCAAAUAUCUGCUCAUUAUGUCUGGAACUGCUUUCUAUAAUAAAAUUGCCCACUACUAACUUGAUCAACAAUCAGUUUAAAAUAGUUAAUGUAUGAAGUAACAUCCUCUCAAAUGUUUGCUAAUGAAAUACAAGUUGAAAUGUAGCUAUUGGAAAAGUCUGUAAACCUGUGCAUAUAUAUAUUCAAAUGGAGACAAAGGCAAAUAAAAAGCAGCUAUCUUCAUGAAUAGACAAAGUUGCUUUCAGGAAGUAUAAAUUAUAUUCUGCACUGACCAAGGAAUAGAAAUUAUUGCAUCUGUGGAACAUAUAUCUGGGGUUACUAUACUUUACUGAAGAGCAAGGCAUAAAUUUAGAUUAAUAUCCAUCCAGAUUACACUAAUUCUUUAGGCUAUUCCUGGAUACUUCAUUUAAAUUUGAUUCUCAAGGUAGUAGAUGUUGGCAAGGUUUGUACUGUAUAGUGAGCAUAAAAGAACAGUUCUAAAUUGCCUCUGCAAAGACUUGUAGUCAGUGGAGGAGUAUCAUUUCCCUUGAUCAUGAUGGCUAAACUAUAAGUUGAUAUAAAUUAGCUUUCUCUGAAGUUGCACCUAAGUACCUUGGUUGAAAUGAAUUUGCAAUGGUUUGGAGACUAAUAAAUACCAUGCAGGCGUAACCAUUACCAGUAGGAUGUUUCUGCGCUUAUUUCCUAUUCUGAUUUUUACUUUGAAGAUGUGAAUAUCUAAAUUAUAUCUCUAGGGGAAAAUGUAAAAAAUCAAAAGUACAUCCCUGAUUUGUAAAAUAAAGUUCAAAAAACUGAA